AUAUUCAGAAUCUUUCACACUCGAGAGUUGCAGAAAUGGUGAAACGCCGAGGUUAGCAUUGGUAUUUUGGUUCUCAUUUUCAUACAGACGGUGAGACUGUUUGUCAGAGUUUUCAGUAUUCACUGACAUCAGGUUUGAUGUCAGAGCUUGAAGCAAAAAGAGUUAAAGAUAGAAUCAGUGCAUUACCAGAUGCAGUCCUUUGUCACAUCCUUUCAUUCCUUGAUAGAACAGAAGAUGCUGUGACGACCAGCGUUUUGUCCAAAAGAUGGAAGAAAAUCUGGGCCUCUGCACCCAGUCUUGUCUUUUGCGAUGAAGAUAACCCGGACUGUGUUUCUUUUGUGAGGUUUGUUGAUAAUGUACUCUUCUUUCGCAACUCAACAGACAUUAGAAAGUUCCAUCUUCAGUCUUGCUGUGUUAAGGAUUUCGCUCGUAUUUAUGGUUGGAUUGGCACUGCCAUAAGGCGUAAUGUUGUUGAACUCGAUCUUUCUGUAGAGGAUUUUGCAGGUGAUGAUGAUCACCCUCGGGUUUUUGAGUUGCCUGAGAGUGUUUUCACAUGCAAAACACUGAUGGUUUUGGGGUUGUCUUCAAACUUUAUUACCAAUCCUCCCACUUCAGGGUGUUUCCCAAGCCUCAAGUCUCUCAAUGUGCAGAUUGACCAUCCAGUCAAUAAAUCUGUGGAGAAGCUUUUUUCUUGCUGCCCUGUACUGGAAAAUUUACGCAUAGGUGGAUCACAUGGAAUGCAAAGAGAUGAUCCGAUUUUGAAUUUUAAUGUCUCUGCGCCUGAAUUGAAGACGUUAAGAAUAUAUUGGAGUUCAUGUGAUGUUUAUGAGAAGUGCUGCAAGUUUCAUAUUAAUGCCCCGAAGCUUGAAAACUUUCAUCUUUGGCAGGAUCCUCCUACAGAUUGUUUUUUGGAGAAUUCAAAAACGUUAGUCAAAGUUACUAUUACUCUCUGUGACCCACUCCAUGACAAUUCUGCAGAAGCAGAUCAUCGCUUUGCUAUCCGUGGAACUGCUCUUCUGGCAGGAAUAUCUAGUGCUAGGUCCUUGUAUCUUUCAGCACAUCGUUUGAAAAAAUGUUGUCUGCCUACUUUUGACAAGUUGAGCAGAUUGGAGUUGAUUCUUUACAAUUGCUAUUACUGGGAACUGCUGAAAGAGGUGCUCAAGAGAUCGCCUAAUCUGGAAAGGCUCGUCUUGGAACUUAAUGAAUGCAAGUGUGGAGAAUCCUCGGAUCAUCAAUGGAUCCCACCACGGUUCGUGCCUAGUUGUUUGCUGUCACAACUCAAGACUAUCUCUAUAAGGGGAUUCAAGGGCAAAGUAGAUGAGAUGGAUGUGGCAAAGUAUUUGUUGGAAAAUGGCGAAGGUUUGAAGAAGAUGACUAUUUACUAUAAUGAUCAUCUGUGCAAGAAAGAAGAGUUGCACAAGCAAUUCUCAAUGUUUCAGUGGGCUUCAGUGACUUGUCAAGUUGAACUUUUCUCAGACAUAAGAGAAGCAAAUUGUGCUUCUUUCGGUAUGUUCUAGGAUCAAUUUCACAACGGUAGAUGUAUCGUCAGUAUUGGUACAAGUUGAAUCUAUUUGUGGUUGAUCGUUUUCCUUUGUAUAACUAUCUCUGUUUAGCUUCGUAACUCAUUGUGACAUGUCAUGGUCCAAUUUGCAAUGGAAAAAGUAUGUUUGCUUUUACCAACUCGACCACUU